ACCGCCUUUCCCGCCCGCCAAAACGCCUCAGAAGGAGAGCCAGGAGCGGAGCGUCGCGAGCGGGUGACGUCACUGCCCCUCUCCCUCCCAGCGCAUGCGCGUGACGUCGCGCUCCGGUGACGUCAUCGGCGCCAGCGGAGGAAGGAGAAGAAAAAGAGGGGAUGCCGGUGCGGAUGGCGGCUGCGGUGCCUCCCACGCAAAGCCUGCGCCUGGAGAACGCUGCCCUCUUGUCUGAAGGCGCCCUGCAAGAUGGACACCGCCUUUGGAUCGGGAACCUGGACCCAAAGAUUACAGAGUACCACCUCCUCAAGCUCCUUCAGAAGUUUGGGAAGGUGAAGCAGUUUGACUUCCUCUUCCACAAGUCCGGGGCCUUGGAGGGACAGCCCAGGGGCUAUUGCUUUGUGAACUUUGAGACCAAGCAGGAAGCCGAGCGAGCCAUCCAGAGCCUCAAUGGGAAGCUGGCCCUCUCCAAGAAGCUGGUGGUGCGGUGGGCACAUGCCCAGGUAAAGGGCCCCCAGAGAUAUGAUCAGAAUAAGAAUGAAAAGAUCCUUCCCAUCAGCCUCGAGCCGUCGUCCAGCACAGAGUCCAGCACCCAGUCCAACUUGAGUGUGAGUACAAAGAUCAAGGCCAUCGAAGCAAAGCUGAAAAUGAUGGCAGAGAACCCAGACGCCGAGUUCCCGCCCACAGCGCCAUACACCUACUUCAAGCCCCCCGACAAAAAACGGACUGCUCCAUACUCCCGCGCAGCAUGGAAGUCGAAGAGAUGAUUCUUUGGCCCAAGGCAAUAUCGCCAGCUUCUGGCAAGUGUCAGAUCAACCAGGAAGAGCAACGGACUGUUUUGGAUUGAACUUUCAUCCCCUUCCUCCUGACUGCUGCAUCUUGACAUUGUAAACAAUAUUAUCUCUUCCCUCGUGUCUCUGUUUUCACAUGGAAGCGACUCCUCCUUGGUGGAAGUAAAAUGGCAACGUCGUCCCCAAACUGUAAAGAACUUUCCUCCAAACUCAACUUGGAAACAUCUGUCCAUGGCCAGUUCUGUCUCUGAAAGACCUCUGAAAGGGUGGUUAUGGGUGUGUUAUCACUGCUUAAAUAGUUCUCCCUUCUCACCUGAAGAUACGUUGUCUGCCUAGAAAAAGAGUAUUGUGUGAUCUUAGCAAUCCAGUCUGCCAGAAAACUGGUGUCUCUGGUACUUUUAAGGAGCAAACCUGAGCCUUGAAAUGGGAGGGAUGACAGAGCUGGUUUUUCUGUAUUGCUUCGUUGACCCACUUGAAUGCACUUGGGCAUAAUGUAUCAAUACUUUUUUUAAAAUGGUUGUACAGAAAUAAACUUUAUGCAGGCUUUCGAA